AUGCUGGCCAUGCGGUUCCUCACGAUGCAGCGCCCACUCGUGGCUGCUGCGGGAUCGUUCUUCCAGAGCGCGACAAGUCGAACGGUGCCAAUUGCCGCCCAGGCUGCGUUGGGCAACACUGCCCUUGUGCAGGGUGUGAGGUAUGCCUCCGUCAAGUCUCAAGGAGCCUACAAAAAGAAGAGCAAGAGGGGCAUUCCGAAGAAGCUGGGCGCGAAGAGGACUGGCGACCAAUAUGUCAUCCCCGGUAACAUCAUCUACAAGCAGCGCGGUACGCUCUGGUGGCCGGGCGAAAACUGCAUCAUGGGCCGCGACUUCAGCAUUCACGCCAUGGCGACUGGCUACGUCAAGUACUACCGCGAUCCCCAACGUCACCCCGACCGAAAGUACAUCGGCGUCACAUUCAACAAGGACGACGUCCUGCCUUAUCCUCAGCACGCUGAGCGCCGCCGCCGUCUGGGACUCACGGCGUACCCCAUCAAGCCCAUCGUCGAAGAGCCGGAGAUCUCGCCAUCCGGUAUCCCAUACCAAGUGAACCGUGUCGUCAAGGGCGAGCCGGAUCGUCUGUUGCGGCUGCGCAAAGAUUAUAGUUACCGCGAAGACAACUGGAGGAUCGGCCAGUUGGUUAAGACGACCGGCCUCAGAACCAAGCGUUUCCGCACAAGAAAGCAGUACUUCCGAUACAGGGCUUGGAGAAGAGAGCGCGAGAAGAUUGGGCAGGCCAAGUCGGCAGUGAAGAGAGCGGCUAUGAGUGAGGAUCCCAACACGGUCAAGGGCAGGCCCCUCAGCAAGAAGCAACAAAAGGCGGCCAAGAAGAAGCAGAAGGCGAAGAAAUGA